UACUUUUCCUCUCUCUAACUGGUUUGUCUUUCUUGAAAUUGUUGGGGCCGUUUGAAGGAGCGAGAGCUUUAGAGUUUAGACUUUUGCUAGACUCGAAUUCAAUUUUUAGUCCCCUUGUUUUGGAGGUUUCUAUAUCUGUUGAAGUGAAUCCCCCCUCUCUCUCUCUAGAUUGGAUUUCCUUGAAUUAAACGUCCUCCUCCCCUCUCUCUCUCUAGAUUGGAUUUCCUUGAAUUAAACGUCCUCCUCCCCUCUCUCUCUCUAGAUUCAAUUUCCUUAAAUCAGUCUCCUUUUUCUCGCUCUUUCGAGAGGCUUCAGGAUAAAAGCUCUCUCUCUUUAGUCUCUGAAUGUUGCGGAGAUCUAGAGGGUUUCAUAAGACUCCGGUCUUUGUGAAUUGAUAUCCCAUUCUCUCUCUCUAACGAUUUACGGCAUUUGGGAAAGGUCUUUAAAGGUUUUACGAAGUCGAAGAUUCAGUUUCAGGCGGUCCCCAUUGUUGGUGGCCUCUUGUUUCUGUAAAACAGAUACAGAGGCCAGAACUAAAGUCAUUCUUGAACUGACACGUCAAGGAGCUAUUGCUUUAUAUGAUGACCAUAAAAUGACUACAUCCUAUAAGAGAAGGGAAGAUUAGUUUAAAUAUGGUUGUGGACUGGAAUAUCUUGUCCUUGGGUCCUGUUUCAAACUACUAUGAGUCAGGUGUAUUUGUUCUCGGAUGGCUUAUAACUGGUUCUUUUGGACUUUUAGCUCUUUUAUAUGCAUUUCUACGAUGGCAAAGAGAGUUAUCACUCAAAUGGAUGAAAGCUGCUGCUAGAGCCAAGAAGAAGGUGAGGAGAAAAUUGAAAGUCCCUUUGUCAAACCACAAAUGGAUUCAGGAGUUGGGUUAUCGUGGACAAGCACCCACAUGUUGUGUUUGUUUAAAGGAGGUCCCUCACAUUUCCUUUCACCUUUGCUCUUCUUGUGGGGUAGCAGCCCAUGUCUCUUGCUCCAAGGAUGUGGCAAAAGAUUGUAAGUGUGUUGCCCAAGCUGGGUCCUCUCAGUUGUUGCAUCAUUGGUCAGAGGGAUGGAUGGAAUUCGAAGACAAUUCAGAGCUAUCUACAAGCUGUUGUUACUGUGAUGAACCAUGUGGUGUCCCAUUCCUUGGUGCUUCUCCAACAUGGCAUUGCUUAUGGUGCCACCGAGCCAUACAUAUCCAAUGUCAUGCAAGCCUGUCGAAGGAAUCAGGAAAUAUAUGUGAUUUGGGUCCACUUAGUAGACUCAUUCUUUCUCCACUAUGUGUUAAGACAGUGAAUGAGGAAAGGAUUGGUGGUUGCGGGAUAUUGAGCUCCAUCACUCAAGAGAUUGCAUCAUCGGUGCAGGGCCAGAUUAGGAGGAGGCACAAGAGUAGAACCCACAACAAGUGUUCCUCUUUUUGUAGGGUUCGUGACAAUGCUUUGUUGGCAACUUCAGAUGCAAGUGCAGUCUUUGCGUAUGCAUUGAAUGGUCUUACAGGUACUCAAAAGUUGUGUAAUGGAAAAACCAAUGGACAAAAUGGGAAGAUACUUGAGAGUGCCGUCACUGAUUACAAGCAAAAUGAAUGUAACAUGGCUCAUGGUGGGGUUCAAAAGUACAUGCUGGUAGAUUUGCCGCAGGAUGCCCGACCAUUGUUGGUUUUUAUUAAUGUCAAGAGUGGGGCUCAGUACGGGCCUUUUCUUCGGAGGCAGUUGAACAUGCUAUUGAAUCCAGUACAGGUUUUUGAGAUUAAUUCAUUACAGGGCCCUGAGGUUGGUUUGGAAUUGUUUCGGGCUGUAAAGUAUUUCAGGGUUCUUGUUUGUGGUGGAGAUGGAACUGUAGCAUGGGUUCUUGAUGCCAUUGAGAAGCAGAAUUUUGAAUCUCCCCCACCUGUGGCUAUACUUCCACUAGGGACUGGGAAUGACUUGUCCAGAGUUUUAUCAUGGGGUGGAGGUUUUUCUGCAGUAGGGGGACAAGGUGGCUUAGGUAUGCUUCUGCAUCACGUUGACAAUGCAGCAGUAACUAUGGUUGAUCGCUGGAAAAUUACUACUAAAGAGACAUGUUCAAAGCUUAAUGAAAACAAGCAACAAGUGAAGUUUAUGACUAACUAUUUGGGGAUUGGUUGUGAUGCAAAGGUUGCACUUGACAUUCACUUGAUUCGAGAGGAAAAGCCUGAAAAGUUUUAUAACCAGUUUGUAAAUAAACUUCGAUAUGCUAAAGAAGGUGCCAAAGAUAUUGUGGAUAGAACUUGUGCAUAUUUACCCUGGCAAAUUCAGCUUGAAGUCGAUGGUGUUGGAAUUGACAUUCCAGAGGAUGCAGAAGGUGUUCUUGUGCUUAAUAUUGGGAGCUACAUGGGUGGAGUGGACCUUUGGCAAAAUGAUUAUGAGCAUGGCGAUGACUUUGAUAUGCAAUCCAUGCAUGAUAAGAUGCUCGAAGUUGUUUGUAUUUCCGGCACAUGGCAUCUUGGAAAACUUCAGGUAGGACUUUCCCAAGCUAGAAGGUUGGCGCAAGGGACAGUUAUAAGAAUACAUACAUCUGCCCCUUUCCCUGUUCAGAUUGAUGGGGAGCCAUGGAUCCAGCAACCUGGCUUUCUAGAGAUAUGUCAUCAUGGACAGGUUCACUUCUCUCUCUAUCUAUAGCAUGCGAACAAGAGAGAGAGAGAGAGAGAGAGAGAGAG